AUGAAAUUCUUCGAGAAUGUCUUCACCUACGACUACUCCUUCCCCGCCGUCUCUCUAGCCUACUUCCUCCGCUAUCCCAACCCCUACUCCCGCCAUGUCCUCACCACCGACGUAAUCGAACGCUACGUCGACCCCAGCACCCACCGUCUCCACACAAUCCGACUGCAUCUGAAGAAAUCAAAGGUCCCGUCGGGCAUUCUCAAGUUGCUGCCCAAGGGCAUCGGGGGCUCAGACAAUUCGGGUCAGAGCUACAUCCUCGAGACCACGGUUGUCGACCCCAGGGAGGGAUGGAUGGAAACAGAGUCUCGCAAUAUGGAGUGGACCGGUGUCCUCAGCGUAGUGGAGAAGCAAUUAUACCAGCGCCACGCGAGUGAAGACGCCGGCCAUGCGCUAGAUGGCUUGUCUAUCGAUGACCGGAAGAGCGAGCAGACCACUGUCCGAACGACUGUCACAUUCCGCUCUCGGCUUGGACAGGGAAAACUGCUCGGUGGACGGAAGAAGGCGGGCAUCGAAGACAACGCCCCUGAGGCGGAGGAUGAAGCGCCUCGAAAAGGAUUCUUCUCCUCGCUCUCUACCGCCGGCAUCCAGCGGACCAUCGAGCUGAUCGGUGUAAGCCGGACCCGAGAUGCUGUGCUGAAAAGCAAGCAGGGCAUGAAUGUUGUGCUUGAACGCCUGCGCCACGGUGGAAUUGUGGGCGUCCUGGAAGGGAUGCGGCGAGACCGCGAGACUGCGUUUGGGAAAGACGGUCCGUGGAAGCGCGCGUGGUUGCACGGCAAUGGGCUCAAGGACAAUACUCAUGAAGACGACGACAAAUGA